CAUGGCCGGCUCCGGAGCGUGGAAGCGCCUCCAGUCCUGGCUGAGGAAGGACGACGCGCCGCUCUUUCUGAACGACACCAGCGCCUUCGACUUCUCCGACGAGGUGGUGGGCGACCCGGGCCUCUCUCGGUUUAAUAAACUUCGGGUCGUAGUGGCCGACGAUGAGUCUGAAAUCCCGGAAAGGCCUAUUAACGGGGCGCACCCGGCCCUCCAGGCCGAUGAUGAUUCCCUAUUGGACCAGGACUUACCUUUGACCAACAGUCAGCUGAGUUUGAGGAUGGAUCCCUGUGACAACUGCAGCAAACGGAGAGAGUUACUGAAGCAGAGAAAGGUGAAAACCAGGUUGACCAUCGCUGCCGUCCUUUACUUGCUUUUCAUGAUUGGAGAACUUGUAGGUGGAUAUAUUGCAAAUAGCUUAGCAAUUAUGACAGAUGCUCUUCAUAUGUUAACUGACCUAAGUGCCAUCAUACUCACUCUGCUUGCUUUAUGGCUAUCUUCAAAGUCACCAACAAGAAGAUUCACCUUUGGGUUUCAUCGCCUAGAGGUUUUAUCAGCUAUGGUUAGUGUGCUGCUGGUAUAUAUUCUCAUGGGAUUCCUCUUAUAUGAAGCUGUGCAAAGAACCAUCCAUAUGAACUAUGAAAUAAAUGGAGAUAUCAUGCUCAUCACUGCAGCUAUUGGAGUUGCAGUUAAUGUAAUAAUGGGAUUUCUCUUGAACCAGUCUGGUCACCAUCAUUCCCAUUCCCUACCCUCAAAUUCUCCUACCACAGUAGCUGGUGGACACAGCCAUGGACAAGACAGUUUGGCAGUAAGAGCUGCAUUUGUUCAUGCCUUGGGGGACUUGGUGCAAAGUGUUGGUGUGCUAAUUGCUGCAUACAUCAUACGAUUCAAGCCAGAAUACAAGAUUGCUGAUCCCAUCUGUACAUAUAUAUUUUCAUUACUUGUAGCUUUCACAACAUUUCGCAUCAUUUGGGACACUGUAGUUAUAAUACUGGAAGGUGUACCAAGUCAUUUGAAUAUAGAUUAUAUAAAAGAAUCCUUGAUGAAAAUAGAAGAUGUAUAUUCUGUGGAAGAUUUGAAUAUCUGGUCUCUCACCUCAGGAAAAUCUACUGCCAUAGUUCACAUGCAGCUAAUUCCUGGAAGUUCAUCCAAAUGGGAGGAAGUACAGUCUAGAGCAAAGCAUUUAUUACUGAACACAUUCGGCAUGUACAGAUGUACUAUUCAGCUCCAGAGUUACAGGCAAGAGCUAAACAGAACUUGCGCAAAUUGUCAGAGUUCCAGUCCCUGAUUUAUGUAUGUUGGGGUCUACCGCCUUAUUUAUCCUGCACAGACUUGAGAGCAAUAAAUGCAAGCCCAAAUGAGAAAAUGGAA